AUGAUGUGUUUAACGAUAGAUUAUAGUGAAAAUUUGAUAUUUUCAGGGAACUGCGAUCGAUCUAUUAAAAUUUGGGAUAAGUAGUAAAAUUAUGAAUGUAUCUAAACUAUAAAUGAAAUACCAGGAGACAUAUAAUCAUUAAGUUUGAAUUCUGGAUAAAACAUGCUGAUUUCUUGUUUUGAAUAAUCAAAUUAGAUAAAUGUGUAUGAAAAAUUUCAUAAUAAAUGGAAUUUUUACAAGAUGAUAUCAGUAUAGCUUUGGGGACAUAGACUAUGUUUUAUAGACAAGCAAAGAUUUGCAUUUUAACCUUAUGCGUCUAAUUUCAUGGAAAUUUAUGAAUUAAAUCGAAAUACGAAGGUGUUUACUUAAAUACAUUAAGUUGAGGUGUAAUCAAGUUAUAAAUGUGAUGCUUUAUUCCCUUAGCAAUUUAAUAAAUAAAAAUCUAUUUUAAUAACCAAGAAUGGUUAGCAUGUGAAUUUAUACAGAAUUAUGCCAGAUAAAACAAUUUUAAGUUAAGAACCAAUAAAGUUUUGUAAUGAAUUCGUAUAUGGAGCAUUAGAUAAAAAGGGUGAAUAUUUAAUUACAUGGGAUGAUUUUUCUUAACAAAUAUAAUUAAGAAAAUACAAAGAAAAGAAUUGA